GGCGGCGGCGCCAUUUUGCGAACGGCGAGCAGCGGCGGCGGCGCGGAGACGCGCAGCGGAGGUUUCUGGUUUCGGACCCCAGCGGCCGGAUGGUGAAAUCCUCCCUGCAGCGGAUCCUCAACAGCCACUGCUUCGCCAGAGAGAAGGAGGGGGACAAAGCCAGCACCGCCGUCCACGCCGCCCGCGCCAUGCCGCUCCUCAGCCUGCACAGCCGCGGAGGCCGCAGCCGCGAGAGGGCCUCCGCCGCCUGCUGCAGUCCCCUGGGUCCGGGGCCUCGGUGGUGCUCCGAUGUCCCUCACCCACCGCUGAAGAUCCCAGGUGGGCGAGGGAACAGCCAGAGGGAUCACAGCCCUGCGGCCGCCGCCGUCCUCUACGCCGACGAGCGGCUGCGCGUGACCGAGGAGCCCGCGUCGCACGGCCGGACGAGGAUUCUGAACGCGCAGACGCGGCUCUCGGGCUCCCGGCGCGUGGACUGGAGGGCGGUGCUGCGCGGCGGCUGCCUCUACGUGGAGAUCCCGGGCGGCGCCCUGCCCGAGGGCAGCAAGGACAGCCUCGCAGUUCUCCUGGAGUUCGCGGAGGAGCAGCUGCGCGCCGCCCACGUCUUCGUCUGCUUCCCCAAGACCCGCGACGACAGAGCCGCCUUGCUCCGGACCUUCAGCUUCCUGGGCUUUGAGAUGGUGAGACCGGGGCAUCCCCUCGUGCCCAAGAGACCCGACGCUUGCUUCAUGGCCUACACGUUCGAGCGGGCGUCUUCGGGCGAGGACGAGUAGCGGCGGCGCCCCUGCAUCGCGGUCCCUUCGCGUGUCGCGCUCCCGGGCGGCG